UUUCUGAAAAAAUUGUGCCCAUAACUUUUGUUCCUAUAUGUUUCUAGUAUAUUAGUUGUAUAAUAUUACAAUAUUUUAUGUAUCUAAGUUCCAGAUUUAACCAAUGAACAUUUAGAUGAUAGCUUACUUUCCAAUUUAAGCAUGGAAUUAACUAAAAUUGAUUCACUAUUUCCAACACAAUCCAUACUGAAGAUUUCUAAUCAGCAUACCACUAUAAAAAGUUCAGAUGUAAUGAACAGUGAAGCAAAUGAUGAUUUUAUAAGAUAUCUUGAAUUUGAUGAUGUAAUAAAGAACAAUAAAACAUUUUCAUCGAAAAACAAAAGUCAAGAAUUGAUUGAAAGUAGCAGUCAAUGUAAACAUGAUUUAUCUGUUCUCGAAGAUUUAGCUGAAGUGAAGGUAAAGGUUCAAAAACUGUUGUUGAAUCAAAAUACCAUUCUAAACAAGUUGGAAAAAUUACUAACAAAUGAUCGUUCAGUUGAUAACUGCCUGCAGAAUAUUACAUCAACAAAAAUUGAUGAAUUUGAAAUACCUACACUUCAAUGACAAUUUUCUUUUAAAAGAAUUAACACAAUUUAAUCAUAUUAAUGACAUUUUAAACAAUAAGGCAUACUACAGUCUUAUGAAAAAGAAACUAUCAAUGUAUGGUGGAUCAAGCAUUAAUGAUGUUACACAUCAUAUUCUUAUAAAACUUUUGAGCAAUGAAAUAUCAAGAUUUAUUACACUUACUGGUCAUAAAGGAAAAAAAACAUGUUUUGCCAGUACAAACUAUUUUAAAGUAUUACUAGGUGUGUGUAUUAA